AUGGCGGAGGGACCAUCUCUUCUCCGAACGGAUUCCGGAGUGAUGCCGUUGAUGGUGGACAGUGGAACUUCGUCGUUGUUUUCCAUGAUAGAUGAUCGGAAAAACUUAGAGGACAAGAUCAACACUUGCAAUGGAUUUUAUUGUGACCAAUUCACUCCCAAUUCUGCUACUAAACCAAAAAUGUGGACUGAGAAUUGGACUGGAUGGUUUCUUUCGUUUGGCAGUGCUGUGCCAUACAGACCUGUGGAAGACAUUGCUUUUGAUGUAGCACAAUUCUUCCAGCGAGGGGGAACCUUCCAAAAUUAUUAUCAAUACCAUGGUGGGACUAAUUUUGGCCGGACCACUGGCGGACCUUUCAUUGCUACAAGUUAUGAUUAUGAUGCUCCAAUUGAUGAGUAUGGACUUCUUAGACAACCUAAGUGGGGCCAUCUAAAAGAUGUGCAUAAAGCCAUAAAACUUUGUGAACCAACAAUGGUUGGCACCAAUCCAACAAUUACUUCCCUUGGUCCAAAUUUGGAGGGAUGUUCCCCAUUUCAAGCAGGUGUAUAUAAAACUGGGUCAGGUUUAUGUACUGCUUUUCUUGCCAAUGUGGAUUCCCAAUCUGAUGCAAUUGUGAAUUUCAAUGGCAAUUCAUAUAAUUUACCAGCAUGGUCUGUGAGCAUCUUACCUGAUUGCAAAAAUGUAGUGCUUAAUACUGCAAAAAUUAAUUCUGUGGCUACAAUUCCACAAUUCACGCGUCAAUCAUUGAAUGAUAAUGUUGGUGCUUCUGAAGCAUUCCUGUCAGGCUGGAGUUGGUUUAAUAAACCAGUUGGUAUCUCAAGUAACAAUACAUUUAUGCAACUUGGGUUAACAGAGCAAAUAAAUACUGCAGCCUACAAGAGUGACUAUCUUAGGUAUUCACUAAGCACUAACAGUCAAGGUGGGUCCCAAACAGUUCUUCAUGUGGAAUCACUUGGCCAUGUCCUUUAUGCUUUUAUUAACGGGAAACUUGCAGGGAGUGACGAAGGCAACAGAGGCAAUGCUAAGGUUGCCAUUGAGGUUCCCAUCACACUCGUCCCUGGAAAGAAUAGAAUUGAUCUCUUGAGUUUGACAGUUGGACUUCAGAACUAUGGAGCAUUCUUUGACAAAUGGGGUGCUGGGGUAACUGGUCCGGUGAAACUGAAAGGUCUAAAUAAUGGAUCUACCAUUGAUUUAUCCUCACAGCAAUGGACAUAUCAGACUGGGCUGAAAGGUGAAGAAUUAGGCCUCUCAGGUGGAGGUUCUUCAGUUUGGGUGUCAAAACCCACUUUACCCAAGAACCAACCCUUGAUUUGGUACAAGCGACACUGUAAAACUUAUGGAAUAGAGUCAAAAUAUAGCAGCGAUUCACAAAAUGUCGCAAAAGUGAAGGAUAUAGCGGCAGUCGAACCAUCGUUAUAA